AUGUCUUCCAAGCCCGUGAAUAAGAAGAAAAGUAAAUCUGUCAAAAAAAUUAAACCUGUCAAGCAAAAAUUAAAAUUGUUUCGCUCGGAGAACAAAUUACUCUCAGUCUUUAUGUGGGGAUUAAAUUAUUCUAUUGAACAAUUAUCUCAUGUUGAAAUGCCGGUCAUGUUACUACCUGGUGACUUCAAAGCCUAUAGUAAAACCAAGGUGGAAAAUUAUUACUUUAACGAGGAAACUCUUCCAGGUCAUUUUAAAUAUAAAGAGUAUUGUCCUAAAGUAUUUAAGAAGUUACGGGAAUGCUUCGAUAUUGACGAUGAACAAUUUAAACAAUCUAUAGCUUUUUCGCCUCUCAUGCAAUAUGGUGACAGUGGAAAAUUCUUUGUAUCACGCGAUAAGCAGUAUGUGGUUAAAACUAUUGAUUCUUAUGAUGUUGAAACUAUGCACCUCAUCCUACAAGGUUAUCACCAGUAUAUUAUCGAAAAUAAAGGUGUUACGCUUCUACCCCAAUAUCUUGGUAUGUAUCGGAUCACAAUCAAUCAUAAGGAAAAUUACUUAAUCGUUAUGAGAAGCGUUUUUAGCGCAAUGUAUCCUCCCCACAAGAAAUACGACUUGAAAGGUUCCAGUGUAGGAAGAGUAGCUCGAAACGAAGAAAAGGCGAAGGAAUUACCGACUUUUAAAGAUAACGACUUUACCAAAGAUCAAAGUAAAUUGUACAUUGGCGACGAUAGAAAUGCUAAGAUCAUGGAAAUACUAACAAGAGACACAGAAUUUUUAGUAAAAUUUAGAAUUAUGGAUUAUAGCUUAUUACUUGGUAUACACGAUAUUGAACGUGGCCUCAAGGAAAGAAAUCAUGAAGAUGAGGAAGACUGCUUAGAUGAAGCUGAUGGUUCUUCCGACGAAAACACGAAUGGUGAUGAUGUAGAUGAUUCUCCAGCUGCAAGUCCGUCACCUGCGGAAGUGUGCGAUAAUAACGUUUACGCUAUAAGUUGUUCAACAACUUGUACAAAUCAAGAGAUUUACUAUCUAGCUAUUGUGGACGUUUUAACCCAGUACGGAGCUCGUAAAAAGGCAGCUCAUAUGGCAAAAACUGCAAAGCAUGGAGCUGGUGCUGAAAUUACAACUGUUAACCAUAAGCAAUACGCCGAAAGAUUUAUGGCUUUCAUCGGUCGAAUUCUAGAAUAG